CUUGUUCACGAGAGCACGGAGCGGGGCAGACGAGGCAUGAGCGAGACGCUACGAGUCUUGGCACCGCGAGUGUGAGCGAUGUACAAGUCUAUAAUGAUGGAUUUAUGUGGGGAGAUAUUUACUUCGGUUCUGGUGUCAUUUCUGGCUUGGACUUAUCCUAGUAGAGCUAGAUGUGGAUGUCACUUAGUCUGACAAAGCUGUGCACACGUAACUCUUGAAUGUGUUGAAAAGUUUGGACAUGAGGUCACGUGGAUAAUUUUCAAAGGUGACGAUCGGCAAUAAAUGGCAUCACUGCGUUUCAAACGACAAAAGUAGCUUCCUGUUGACUCUAUGAAAGAACUACUUUUAGUUUUCCCGCUAAAAUAAUGUGUUGAACCAGAGUAGCUGUCCACUCCACCAUGAGCACGACCUGUAUAGGAAAGCUGUGGGUGGUGACGUCCUUUGCUGCGUCCAUAGCAUCGGCCGUGGGCUAUUACUUCCCUUACUGGCUGGAAGGCUUCUACAUUCACGAAUCAGGACUUCGGCAUCCGAUGUACUUCGGCGUUUUCCGGAGGUGCUCGUACCCUCAGCUUCGGGAGGACGGCAAUGUCGCCAUCGUUGACGAGUGCGGACGUUACACAACAUUCGAGGACAUUCCAAGUUUAUAUUGGCAGAUCAGCACAAUAACAGUUGGCAUAGGAGCGUGCUUAAGUCUUCUUCUGUCAUUGACCGCUGUAGUCACGCUGUGUGUCAGUGACAUCAUCACUGUUCGAGUGGCUAGGCUCACUGGCGUAGUCCAGCUUUUUGCGGGAUUACUCCUAGGCGGAGGGCUGGCUGUUUAUCCAAAUGGCUGGGACACUAUCCAGGUUCGCCAGGCAUGUGGAGGCACAUCUGGGGUCUACCAACUAGGUGGCUGUUCCCUGUGCUGGGCUUUCUAUCUGACGGCGGCGGGGGCAGGAGUGACGAUGUUUUGUUCCAGUCUGGUGUGUCACGCUUACAAGAACAAGGUCAACAACAGAGCCAGUACGUACAGCGUGUAACAGGAAGUGACGUCACAUGCUGCAAACAGAAACCAAACGAAAUAGAAGAAUCAGCGAAAACAAUGCACUAUUUGAAAA